CACUCGCGGUCUUGCAAGAAAUACUGGAACUAUUUAAAGCGGCGCAACAAAGAAUCUGACAGUAAAGGUUAGUGUAGUAAUAUAGUAUCACAUGAAGACGUGAUUCCAGUCCGCGCGGUUAAACUUGAAGGAGACACGUACACCUUGUAAAUUCAUAGGACAAAAAGAUUUUGAAGACUGGGAAGAACAUAAGGAACUCAUAAUAGAAAACUUGAAAGAUCGUGUAUAACGUAAUGGAACAAGUGCUCAUUAUCCUAUCUGCAUUGACUUUAAUUCUUACAGCAUCUAUUGGGACAGCUGAAAAUACAGGCGCAGCAGAAGGGUCAAACGCUCAAGCGAUCAGCGGCGACAGCGGCGGCAGCAGCGGCAGCGUAGGCGGGUCCGAUAAAUUACUGCUAGUGCGGCGCUACGUCCCACGUUUUGUUGGAAAAAGAGAUCCAGAAGAUGCCGAAAUUGACAAUGUCAGUGUUGAAAGUUCAGAAAAACCUGAUGAAAAAGAGCUUAGUUCAAUAGAUGAAUAUGUAGAAAAUUUAUUAGAAUACUAUGAUGAUCUAGAUUUAAGUGAAUUUGAUUCAGAAAAUGAGAACAAAGAUUCGCCUUCCGAAUCCGAUAUUGAAUCAUAUGAAACUGAUUCUGAAUACGAAAAUGAUACAGAUGAAAACGAUGACAUUCUCAUGGACUCUCAGGGUGAAAAGAGAUACGUGCCCUCUUUUGUAGGAAAGCGGUUUACUACAUUGGAUGAAAAUGAAGGUGACUUUAUUGAUGAAAGUAAACGUUAUCGACCAAUGUUUGUAGGAAAACGUUACCGUCCUAUGUUUGUUGGAAAGAGAUACCAACCACGAUUUAUUGGAAAACGAUAUACUCCUCGGUUUAUUGGAAAGAGAUACACACCAAGAUUCAUUGGGAAGCGAUACACCCCGAGAUUCAUCGGCAAAAGAUACACCCCGAGAUUCAUUGGAAAGCGUUAUACACCACGAUUUAUUGGAAAGCGAUACACACCGAGGUUUAUUGGCAAACGAUACGCACCAAGAUUUAUAGGGAAACGUCUUCAGCCCAUCUUUGUCGGUAAAAAGUUUUCUCCAGAGGACUCCUUGCAAGAAAAAAGAUAUAAGCCAUUUUUUGUCGGUAAAAGAAGCCAAGAUCAAAUUUCAAAUGAACAAAAUCACGUAGAAAAGAGAUCUGUGUCUGAAACGACUGAAGAAAUAAACACAGUACAGGAAAAUGCUGACCGAAGUAAACGAAGAAAGCGAUCAGUUGGAAAUGCAAAUGAUGAAAGUUUGAAGCGCGCUUGGGGAAGAUACAUUCCUUUAAAAAACAGCUUAGCACCCGCGUUUAGAUUACCAGGGCCACAACCAUCAUAUAUGGAAAAAAGAUUUGUUGCCCCGGAAUUCAUUGGUCGCCGGGAUUCUCUUUCAACUAUUCUGUCAGCUCUUGAUGCGCUUCAAUUUGCUCGUACCGAACCAAGGACAACUUCUAAACGAUUCGAAGCACCUCUUUUCAUCGGAAAAAGGACCCCGACUCGACCAAUGUUCAUAGGGAAAAGAAAUCAACCGUAUACUGGAGAAAUGAAAAUUCCUUCUGGAUACAGUAUUAUACCUGGCAUCACAGAAUUCAAUAUGGAUGCUUAUGAAAGUAUUCCUGACGAAUUCAGUCCAUUUAGAGAUAUUUAUCCAUAUAGCACAGGAUUACAAGGCAGUAUUGACCUUGAAUGAUAAUCAAAGUAAUAUAUAUAAUAAAAGACAUUUACGCUGAAGCUACGUGUUGCCUGUUUAAAAGAUUAUACAUUUUGCACCUGGGAGACAUCUAGAAAGAAAAUGCUUAAUAUUUUAACAACAUGGUGCAGUGUAUACUUUUGAAAAAAAAAAAUGAAUAGUUUCUAAUCCAGGUCUAUAAUUUCUUACUCAUAAUUAUAUAAUGAUGCUUAGUUAAUGUUCUGCUAUAGACGAUAAAAGGAGUAAAAGUAUGAAAUGAUGCAAAAAUAUGUUAAAGAUAUUUUGAUAAUAAGCCAUUCAGAUAUUUGAAUACUGAAUAAUGUUUAAGGGCGUGUUACUUAGUAAAUUAUCUGAUUUAUAUUCUUUUGAAAACGACUUUGGAAAUACAUAGAAUAAAAGGCAGCUUGAUCAAGUAAUAUUUGUAUUUAUUGAUUUGUGAAUAAAAGCUUAUUUGAUUUGUACAGUAUGUAAUUUUAAAGAUAUUUCUGAAAAUGUUGAAAAUUCAAAAUUUGGCUAAUUCAUAUUAUUUUAGCAGCAACACACUUAAGUUAAUACAGAAUGUUCACAUGGAAUGACUGUUUAUGAUGGAUAGAGGUCAUCCACAAAAUAGAUGCAUGCAUAUUCCAUCAAGCAAUUAAUAGAAAGUAAAACAGCGAUAUUGCUUUGACUUAUUUGGAGUUUCCUGAAAAUAUUAUAAAUUGAUAUUUCAUGAAAAUGAACAAUAGACAAUUUUAAUAUUUUUGAUGAAUGUUGUAUAAAGAAUAUUCAAUGAUCAUUGGUUUAUUGAUAAAGAUUUGUUGUAUCGUCUUUUGUUAAAUUUAAGUUCAAUAUCUAAGUUAAAUGGACUCGAAAAAUUCAGAAAAUCGGUGCUAACAUUGAGUAAAAGCAAGUAAAUUAUUGACACUGUUUGUUGUUUACAGGCAUCCUUGAAUAUUUUUCACAUUGUAGAUGACAAUCUCUUUCACAAAAAUUAUACAAUAUUUAAUUGAUUUUGAUUGUCACUUUGCACUUGUUGUCAAAAUGAUAAAAUAUACGAAUGAUAUUCAAAAGUUACAUACCUUUGUGCAAAGGUAAGUCAUUGAUAUGGUAUGGUUAAUGUUCUAAAUAGCUGUUUCAGGUUUAAUCUAUUUUAAACAUUUCUAUUUGGAUAAAGUGUAUAACGCUACAUAUCUGCUGCAUGAAGUAAAGUUUGAAUUUUUUGGAAAGAAUAUCAAAAUACCUGUAUGAAAGAAAAAGGUUUUAUAAUUGGCCUAUAAGCAAAGGGCGAAUUAAAGCUAAAACUUUUAUAUAGAAACACAGAAUUUUGUUCCGGAAAAAAAUGCUCAUGACGUUCAAAAUACAUUUUAAAAACAGAGAUAUUAUAUGUUACAGAUCUUUCGGAAACGCCAAUUAACACAAAAGUUUAACUGUUUGUAAUUUAGAA